AUGAGCGGUCCGGAUGCGCUAUUCUCUCUGCGGAACAACUUUCAGCUGGGCGCGUACCAGGCGGCGAUCAACGAGAGCGGCGUGGGAGGGCUGUCGGAGGCGGAGAGCAUCGAGCGCGACACCAUCGUGUACCGCUCCUACAUCGCGCUCGGCAGCUACCAGGUGCGCUCGGCAGAUACCAGGUGCGCUCGGCAGCUACCAGGUGCGCUCGGCAGCUACCAGCUGGUGAUGGACGAGAUCACGGAGUCGUCCGCCACGGCGCUGCAGGCCGUCAAGCUGCUCGCAACCUACCUCGCCGACAAAAGCAACAAGGACGCGGUGGUGGCGGGGCUGGAGGGGUAUCUGUCGGACCCCGUGAUCGGCAAGAACGCGACGCUGCUGCUCGUGGCGGGCACCGUGUACGCGCGCGAGCAGAACUUCGUCGACGCGCUCAAGGUCGCGCACGCCCUCCCCGGCAACCUCGAGCUCAUGGCGUUGAGCGUGCAGGUGUUUCUACUGAUGGACCGUGCGGACCUAGCGGAGAAGCAGGUGAAGGCGAUGCAGCAGGUGGACGAGGACGCCACGCUCACACAGCUCGCCCUCGGCUGGGUCAGCCUCGCCAUGGGCGGGUCGAAGGUGCAGGAGGCGACGUACGUGUUUCAGGAGCUGGCGGACAAGUUCAGCCCGACGGUGGCGCUGCUCAACGGCAGCGCGCUCGCCCAGAUGCACUCCGGUAACUUCGAGGACGCCGAGGCGCUGCUGCUGGACGCCCUCAACAAGACUCGCAUGUGUGCUCUUGCCAAUCCCGUCUUCUCCUGCCGUGCUGGCGCUGCUGUGUCCACUGGUCCGUCCUUGGUGCUUGGUGCUUGGUGGUGGCAGGACGCCAAGGACGCCAACACGCUCGCCAACCUCGUCGUCUGCUCGCUGCACCGAGGGAAGCCCGCCACGCGCUACCUCAAGUGA